AUGGAAUCCGACGGUACUAGCGCUACAAGCCCCGAGACUGCAAGCCCUUGGGCCGUGUCCCCAUUCCAGACUAAAAAUCCUUUUAAGUCUUGCAAUACGUCGUCUCCGCCUGCCGAAUUGGAGCCUGAACCGGAUAUCGCUAGGUCUGCCGUGAUGAAUGACUUGCCAAAGCUGGAUUUAUUAGCUGUUUCUUCAAAUAAGCAAGGAGAAAGUGCGACUACGUCGGUGUGGACGACGUCGCCUGUCACACAACUUGAAAGUACUGUGCAGGAGUUUGCAUGGACGCUAGGCACGACAGAGCAGGUGCAAGAAGUUGCGAAAAAGAUUGCUGGUACAAAUAUUAUAAAGGCGGAAGACGUUGCUGUCCCAUUCAAGCAAGAUUAUUCAUCUCAAAAUACGGUACUGCAAGUCGAGGAGAAAACAAAGUUCGCAUGGACAACGUCGCCAUGCACAACGUCGCCUCGUUCAGAGGAAGUUUCAGCAAGUGCAUGGAUGGUACCGGUUGAAACGAAUGCUCAAGAUUUUCUAGUCAUGGAGGAUGCGUUGGCUGGGAAUUUGGCAAAAGAAGAGUUCGUGGUGGAGAUACUUGAUGAUAAAGUAGAUGAGCCAGCUGCAGCUGUGGUCAAAGAAGUCGCUAGUGCGAACAAGAUGAAAAAUGGGUCGGCUGCAAUCUUAAAUGGAUGGAGUGCAGGCUCUAUGCAGUACGACGAGCUGUUGGAUGGCUGGAAUUCAGCGUCUGAAAAGCAAAAUGUUGCUCUACCUGAUGUUGUGGAGGAGGUUGCUGGGAAAUCCGAAUUGAAGGAAAAUGACCCUGCACUUACAAACGAGGAAGUGAAGUUGACCGGCAUUCAUAAUCAAGAAAUUCUUUCUGUAAGCCCUUGGACAGCCGCACCGGUACAUGAUACUGUGGAUAUAGUCACGCCUGUGAGAAUUAAAUCAGCACGGGCCGUGAGCGAAGUUGCGUCGCUCGAAACAUCACACGCCUCGGUUGUGAAGGAAAAACCCAUCAUUAAAGAAGUCCAGUCCAUCAGCGCCUGGAACUCAGAGCCCACAGUGAAGGUUGUAGAAGAGGCUGGUCCUGAUAAAGUGAUGAAGACGUCUAAAAGGGUUGAUAACAUUACAGAACCCGUUGCGAAAUUUGCAGAUGCCCAUGCAGCUGAUGAUGAGAAGGAACGGAAUGUGCUGCCAACCAGAAACGUAACGCCAAAUCAAGAAAAGGCUAAGCUGAUUGUUGAUAAGGUCAAAAAGUCUAUAGAGCCUUUGAAUGACGUAGCUGCCAACCCUGUCCGGAAUACUGAGUCGGUAAACCAGAACGGUGUAGUUAAGAAGGAGGAGUCUGUGAUGCAGACUCAAGCUUUAUAUAAAGCAGAAAAGAAAGGCGUUUCUUUGGAGGCCGUGACCGCCAGCGACAAUAUCGAUAGAAAGGCUACCGCAAACGUGUUUAAAGGUGUAGCCAUCUACACGACUGGCAGCACGGUCAAGGACAGUAAAGUCUCCCGUGUUGGAGCAAUCGCCAGUUCAACCGAUGCACCAGGCACCUGCGGCGCGUGUGGUGUCGCUAGCUGCAGCAUAAUGUAG